UAGCCUGAAAGUCAAGGGAAGAGGAGCAUCCAGCCUGAGCUGUGCUGGACCCCAUCAGGACAUCCCCCAGGCCAGCACUUCAAGCAAUAAAAGUGCUGACCAGGCUGGGGAGACGCCGCUGACCAGGCUGAGCCGGAGCCUGCCCGGCCGGGGCCCAGGGCCUGCGCAGAGGAUGAGGAUCCUUCCCAGCCCUGGAAUGUCUUCGCUGCUGUCCCUCGUGAACGUCCUCUCCGUGCUGCUGAUGGACUGCCUUGCUGAGAGUCCCCCUGUGUUCAUUAAGAAGCCUGUGGACCAAAUUGGAGUGUCAGGAGGGGUGGCCUCCUUCGUGUGCCAAGCCACUGGAGACCCAAAGCCAAGGGUCACCUGGAACAAGAAAGGGAAGAAAGUCAACUCUCAGAGGUUUGAGACCAUUGAGUUUGAUGAGAGUGCAGGAGCUGUUCUGAGGAUCCAGCCCCUGAGGACCCCCCGGGAUGAGAACAUUUACGAGUGUGUUGCUCAGAACCCCCAUGGGGAGGUCACUGUCCACGCCAAGCUCACCGUGCUCCGAGAGGACCAGCUACCCCCUGGCUUCCCCAACAUCGACAUGGGGCCGCAGCUGAAGGUGGUGGAGCGCACGCGGACGGCCACGAUGCUGUGUGCGGCCAGCGGCAACCCCGACCCCGAGAUCACCUGGUUCAAGGAUUUCCUGCCCGUGGACCCCAGCGCCAGCAACGGCAGGAUAAAACAGCUGAGAUCAGGUGGGCUGCAGAUCGAGAGCAGCGAGGAGACGGACCAGGGCAAGUACGAGUGCGUGGCCAGCAACAGCGCCGGGGUGCGCUACUCGUCCCCCGCUAACCUUUACGUGAGAGAGCUACGAGAAGUUCGCCGUGUGGCCCCUCGCUUCUCCAUCCUCCCUGUCAGCCAUGAAAUCAUGCCCGGGGGCAACGUCAACAUCACCUGCGUGGCCGUGGGGUCGCCCAUGCCCUACGUGAAGUGGAUGCAGGGAGCAGAGGACCUGACGCCCGAGGAUGACAUGCCCGUGGGCAGGAACGUCCUGGAGCUCACGGACGUCAAGGACUCUGCCAACUACACCUGCGUGGCCAUGUCCAGCCUGGGAGUCAUAGAAGCCGUGGCCCAGAUCACGGUGAAAUCACUUCCCAAGGCUCCUGGGACGCCAGUGGUGACAGAGACAACAGCAACGAGUAUCACCAUCACCUGGGACUCUGGCAACCCAGACCCCGUGUCCUACUAUGUCAUUGAGUACAAGUCCAAGAGCCAGGACGGACCCUACCAGAUCAAGGAGGACAUCACCACCACGCGCUACAGCAUCGGGGGGCUCAGCCCCAACUCCGAGUACGAGAUCUGGGUGUCUGCAGUGAACAGCAUCGGGCAGGGCCCCCCCAGCGAGUCGGUGGUCACCCGCACGGGGGAGCAGGCCCCUGCCAGUGCCCCCCGCAACGUGCAGGGCCGCAUGCUGAGCAGCACCACCAUGAUCAUCCAGUGGGAGGAACCGGUGGAGCCCAACGGGCAGAUCCGCGGCUACCGCGUCUAUUACACCAUGGAGCCCGAGCAGCCCGUCAGCAACUGGCAGAAGCACAACGUGGAUGACAGCCUGCUGACCACCGUGGGCAGCCUCCUGGAGGAUGAGACCUACACCGUGAGAGUGCUGGCCUUCACCUCCGUGGGGGACGGGCCCCUGUCCGACCCCAUCCAGGUUAAGACGCAGCAAGGAGUUCCCGGGCAGCCGAUGAACUUCCGAGCAGAAGCCAAGACCGAGACGAGCAUUGUGCUGUCGUGGAGCCCCCCACGCCAGGAGAUCAUAGUGAAGUACGAGCUCCUCUACAAGGAGGGAGACCACAGCAAGGAGGUGCUGAAGAACUUCGAGCCCACGACGUCGUUCACGGUGGAAGGCCUGAAGCCCAACACUGAGUAUGUCUUCCGGCUGGCCGCCCGCUCGGCCCUGGGGCUGGGGGCCUUCACCCCGGAGGUCCGAGAGCGCACCUUGCAGUCUAAACCGUCUGCCCCCCCUCAAGAUGUAAAAUGUGUCAGCACCCGCUCCACCGCCAUUCUGGUAAGUUGGCGGCCGCCGCCGGCCGAGAGCCAGAACGGCGUCCUGGCCGGCUACAGCGUCCACUAUCGAGCGCUGGACUCGGAGGACACGGAGCUAAAGGAGGUGAAUGAUAUCCCCCCAACCACCAGUCAGAUCCUGCUGGAGUCCCUGGAGAAGUGGACCGAGUACCGCGUCACCGUGGUGGCUCACACGGAGGUGGGGCCGGGCCCGGAGAGCUCGCCGGUCAUCGUGCGCACGGAUGAAGAUGUGCCCAGCGCUCCUCCACGGAAGGUGGAGGUGGAGGUGCUCAACUCCUCGGCCAUCCAGGUGUUCUGGCGCUCGCCGGUGCCCAGCCGGCAGCACGGCCAGAUCCGCGGCUACCAGGUGCACUACGUGCGCAUGGAGAACGGCGAGGCCAGGGGGCUGCCCCACAUCAAGGACAUCAUGCUGGCUGAUGCCCAGUGGGAAACAGAUGACACUGCUGAAUACGAAAUGAUCAUUGCUGGGCUCCAGCCCGAGACUGCCUAUUCCAUCACCGUGGCCGCCUACACCAUGAAGGGAGAUGGUGCCCGCAGCAAACCCAAAGUGGUCACCACCAAGGGUGCAGUCCCAGGAAAGCCCAUCCUGUCUGUGCACCAGACAGAGGAGAACACCCUGCUGGUGAAGUGGGAGCCGCCGCUGGGCGCCGAGGGCCAGGUGCUGGGCUACCGGCUGCAGUUUGGCCGCAAGGACGUGGCCCCUCUGGCCACGCUGGAGUUCUCGGCUCAGGAGGAUAAGUACAUCGCCAGCAGCAUCCACAAGGGCGCCACCUACAUCUUCAAGCUGGCCGUGAAAAGCCGGGCUGGCUUCGGGGAGGAAGCCGUGCAGGAACUCAGCACCCCCGAGGACAUCCCCAAGGGGUACCCCCAGAUCCUGGAGGCCAGCAAUGUCACGUCCAUGUCGGUGCAGUUCGGCUGGCUGCCCCCCGUGCUGGCCGAGAGGAACGGCGCCAUCGUCAAAUACACCGUGGCCUACCGGGAAGCCGGUUCUCCCGGGAACCUGCUGGAAAAAGAGCUGCCCCCCUCCCCAGAGAACUCGUACACCCUCAACGGCCUCAAACCCAACACCGCCUAUGACGUUAAAAUCCGUGCUCACACCAGUAAAGGCCCCGGGCCCUACAGCCCGACCGUCCAGUAUCGGACGUUCCAGCUGGACCAAGUUUUACCCAAAAACUUCAAGGUGAAGAUGGUGACAAAGACAUCCGUCCUUCUGAGCUGGGAGUUCCCUGAGAAUUACAACUCUCCUACCCCAUACAAGAUCCAGUACAACGGGCUGCACGUCGACGUGGACGGCCGGACCACCAAGAAACUCAUCACGCACCUGAGGCCCCGCACCUUCUACAACUUCGUGCUGAUGAACCAGGGCAACAGCAUGGGGGGGCUGCAGCAGAACGUGGCAGCCUGGACUGCUGCUGACAUGUUGUCCAAGAAGCCAGAGGUGACCCACAAGCCUGAUGCUGAUGGCAACGUGGUGGUGAUUCUCCCUGACGUGAAGAGCUCUGUGCCUGUCCAAGCUUUCUACAUUGUGGUGGUGCCUCUGAGGAAGUCCCGGGGAGGACAGUUCCUCAACCCCCUGGGCAGCCCUGAGGAGAUGGACCUGGAGGAGCUGGUGCAGGACAUCGCGCGGCUGCGGCGCCGGAGCCUGCGGCACUCGCGGCAGCUGGACUUCCCCCGGCCCUACAUUGCCGCCCGCUUCCGCUCGCUGCCCUCCCACUUCAUCCUGGGGGACAUGAAACACUACGACAACUUUGAGAACAGAGCCCUGGAGCCAGGACAGAAAUACGUGCUCUUCAUCCUGGCCGUGCUGCAGGAACCCGAGGCUACCUAUGCUGCCAGUCCCUUCUCUGACCCCAUCCAGCUGGACAACCCUGACCCCCAGCCCAUCAUUGAUGGUGAGGAGGGGCUCAUCUGGGUCAUUGGGCCCGUCCUGGCCGUGGUCUUCAUCAUCUGCAUCGUCAUCGCCAUCCUGCUCUACAAAAACAAACCAGACAGCAAACGCAAAGAUUCAGAGCCACGGACCAAGUGCCUCCUGAACAACGCUGAGAUUGCCCCCCACCACCCCAAGGACCCCGUGGAGAUGAGGAGAAUCAACUUCCAGACUCCAGAUUCUGGUCUGAGCAGCCCUCUCAGUGACCCUGAGUUUGACUUGGAAAGUAUGCUCAGCCACCCACCCAUCCCCGUUUCCGAGCUGGCUGAACACACAGAGCAUCUCAAAGCUAAUGAUAACCUGAAAUUAUCCCAAGAGUAUGAGUCCAUCGACCCUGGCCAGCAGUUCACCUGGGAGCACUCCAACCUGGAGGUGAACAAGCCCAAGAACCGCUAUGCCAACGUGAUCGCCUACGACCACUCGCGUGUCAUCCUGCUGCCCAUCGAAGGAAUUGUGGGCAGUGAUUACAUCAAUGCCAACUACAUCGAUGGGUACCGGAAGCAGAACGCCUACAUUGCCACCCAGGGGCCCCUGCCAGAGACCUUUGGGGACUUCUGGAGGAUGGUGUGGGAGCAGCGCUCAGCCACCAUUGUCAUGAUGACUAAGCUGGAGGAGAAAUCACGGAUAAAGUGUGACCAGUACUGGCCAGGCCGAGGCACAGACACCUACGGGAUGAUCCAGGUGACCUUGCUGGACACCAUUGAGCUGGCCACCUUCUGCGUCAGGACCUUCUCCCUGCACAAGGACCACGGCGUGCCCGAGUACCCCACGCCCUUCCUGGCCUUCCUCAGACGGGUCAAAACCUGCAACCCCCCGGAUGCUGGGCCCAUCGUGGUGCACUGCAGCGCGGGCGUGGGACGCACCGGCUGCUUCAUCGUGAUCGACGCCAUGCUGGAGAGGAUCAAGCACGAGAAGACCGUGGACAUCUACGGGCACGUCACCCUCAUGAGGUCCCAGCGCAACUACAUGGUGCAGACUGAGGACCAGUACAGCUUCAUCCACGAUGCCUUGCUGGAGGCCGUGGCCUGCGGCAACACUGAGGUCCCGGCUCGGAACCUCUACAGCUACAUCCAGAAACUGGCACAGAUCGAGGCCAGGGAGCACGUCACGGGCAUGGAGCUGGAGUUCAAGCGCCUGGCCAACUCCAAGGCCCACACCUCGCGCUUCAUCAGCGCCAACCUGCCCUGCAACAAGUUCAAGAACCGCCUGGUGAACAUCAUGCCCUACGAGACCACGCGGGUGUGCCUGCAGCCCAUCCGCGGCGUCGAGGGCUCCGACUACAUCAACGCCAGCUUCAUUGAUGGCUACAGGCAGCAGAGAGCCUACAUAGCCACGCAGGGGCCACUGGCAGAGACCACCGAGGACUUCUGGAGGAUGCUCUGGGAAAACAACUCCACCAUCGUGGUGAUGCUGACCAAGCUUCGGGAGAUGGGGCGGGAGAAGUGCCAUCAGUACUGGCCUGCAGAGCGCUCAGCACGGUACCAGUACUUCGUGGUGGACCCCAUGGCUGAGUACAACAUGCCCCAGUACAUCCUGAGGGAGUUCAAGGUCACAGAUGCCAGGGAUGGUCAGUCACGAACUGUUCGUCAGUUCCAGUUCACUGACUGGCCAGAGCAAGGUGUGCCAAAAUCAGGAGAAGGUUUCAUCGACUUCAUUGGGCAGGUGCACAAGACCAAGGAGCAGUUUGGCCAGGAUGGCCCCAUCUCUGUCCACUGCAGUGCUGGCGUGGGCAGGACCGGAGUGUUCAUCACCCUGAGCAUCGUCCUGGAGCGGAUGCGCUACGAGGGGGUUGUAGAUAUUUUCCAGACAGUGAAGAUGCUGCGAACACAACGACCUGCAAUGGUGCAAACAGAGGAUGAAUACCAGUUCUGUUACCAGGCAGCUCUGGAGUAUCUGGGAAGUUUUGAUCACUAUGCAACAUAAAAAGCCAUCGUUGUGCAGACUCUACCAACCACUUCAGUCCUGGAAGGCCUCUUCUGACCCAGGAGGAGCGCUUGAACUUACAAAACUGACUCAGAAGAAGAACCUUUUCAUCUGGACAGUGCAUCGGGAGCAGGGGGGAGGAUUGGAAGGAACACCCCUUGGGCAUCUCCACCUUGUGACCUGGCCCUCGCAGGGGCAGCCCGGGAGGGCUGCUCACACCUGCUCUGCAACCUCAGGAGGUGUUCCCUGGGGAGGAUGGAUGGACGGAUGGAUGGAUGGAUGGAUGGAUGGAUGGACAUGGGGAAACUGAUCCAAAAGCUACAACACACCUUGGGAACCGUUUCUGCUGGAGAAGGGAAGGAAAAACCGACUUUGGUUACAUCAUUAGAGUUCAGUUUAUUUACUAAUGUAGUUGGCAGUCUUUAAAGGAAGUCACUUGCAGAAUUGAAGGUGUUCUGUGAAAGAAAAGGAGCUAAAUCUCAACACUUAGGCAGACUUAGGGUCAGGAGUUCUUCUAGCUGGAGUCUUAAUAACCUCAGUAUCAGCAUUGGGAUGAUUCUGGGCUUGCAGGCACCUUGCAAACAUUCACGGGAUGCCCCUGCCACGCCAGAGGUUUUAUAGCUCACGUUUUGAAUACUUGGAACAUUCCUCAUUUCUUCUAAUUCCAAAAUUUUAUUUUUUAGGGUAUUUAAAAGGCUAAAAGAGCGAGUUACAACCCCCAGAGCUGGCUGUGGGGGGUAACCCCUGCCUUGCUUGGGCUGGGGUCUCUGGCUGCUGGGUCUGGGCCCCCUCCCAGCACACCAGGCUUUCCUUGGAGCAGGGUGGGACGAAGGCAGCCCCUUCCCCAGGCUCUUUGCACAUCCACAGCCGUGUCCCCCUGCUCCUGCCAGCAGCAUCUCCCUGCAGGAGCCCCAGAACCCCCUGCAGAAAUUGAUUUCCCAAACCCAGCUGGUUCCUGGUGCCAGCCCCUCGCCUCUGAACUCAGCAGCUCUCGGGAGCUCCUCUCAGGACUGGCCCAGCACCAGGCACUCCUUGCACAUCUCCCACUGUCCCCAACAUGCCCCAGCUGUAAAAGAACUGGGAAAGAUCCAGGAAGGUGCAUCCAAUGGCAAAUACUGUGAGUGGCUUUCUUUAAAGUAUCGAUGUAACUGUAACAAGUGACAUUACCUUUUUUUUAAAUAGUGUAUUUUUUCCUUUUUUUUUUUUUAAAGACAAAGAAUAUCAGUCAAUGAAUUUAAAAGAAAAAUUUGCUUAUUUGUUCAUAUUAUGUUCAAAGACAGUCUAUUUUUUCACUGUAGAAAUGUUACGUGUAAUGGCUGUGAUAUAUAAAAAUGCAGUGCAAAUUGCUACUUCUACAUAUUGCUUUUCUACCAUUUAAAAGGUUUAACUUGCUCAUGUAAGAACAAAAUGUCCUUUCUGAAUUUUUUUUAUUAUUAUUAGUAAUUUUUUUUUUUUUGGGUUCUCUUGUUUUCAAUCACAGACAUAUCCCAGGUCCCUGGAAGGGAGGGAGCAGGAGGUGCAGGGGUGGUGGCAGUGCCAAUUCCCCUUUAGGGGUGGUGGCAGUGCCAAUUCCCCUUUUGGGGUGGUGGCAGUGCCAAUUCCCCUUUUGGGCUGGUGGCAGUGCCAAUUCCCCUCCAGCUGUGGCCACGCAGGGCCAGGGCUGAACUGGGACAUUCAACACCACCAGUGGCUUUUGCUGACUGGAGACAGAAUGAUUUUGGAGCCUUGACACCCAUCAGGUGUUUUACCAUCCCAGGUGUGUUGCAGACCCAGCCUGGCCUCUCUCUGUGCUGCUCGUGGCUCCAGUGCCCAGGAGUUUCAGCAUCCAGAGCUCAGAAUAUCUGAGAAAAGCCACCCUGCCCCAAACUCUGCUCACCUCUGCCCUCUCUUUUUUUUUUUGUUUUAUUUUUCUAGAAGGGGUAAUCAUGGCCAUCAAGUGCUGCCCAGAACCCCCCACACAACCCAUUUCCUGUCUUUAACUGAAAAAAUGAAAAAGAAAAAAAAAAAAAGAACCGACUGAAAGGCUUCUUCGAGAUUUUACUUAUUUGUGUGAAAGUUGCCCAAAUUUCUAAGUAUGUUGCAGCAAAAAUCUUACUGGACAAGUUGGGGGGAGGGGGGAGGUUUUUUUCUUUGUAUGAGAGCAAAGUGCUGUUGCUUUCACACUGUUAUUUCAAACUGAAACAGUAAGUGGUUUUCAUACCACGGUGUAUGUAGAUAUAUUGACUUUGUAUUAAAGGAAGAUUGUCUGAA